CUCCCGGCAUGCCUCUCUUCGCCCGAUAAGACGCUCACCCCGGGGAAUCCCCAGGCCGCUGAAAUUCCCCUUCAUGGCAUCCUCGGCCGGGCCGGCUGCUUGAGUUUCUCGCCCCCCCCCGGCGGAUUUUGGGGGCCCGGCCUCCGCGAUGGCCCCGCUGCCCGUAGUGGGGGCUCCUCUGUAGGCCCGUCCCGAGCCAUGGCCUUCGUCCAGGGACAGCCCGGCCAGGGCGGCCCCCGAGAGCCCAAGAAGCUGGAGGCAGGGGGCGAGGAGUGGUGCGACAGCGGCCUGGGCUCGCUCAGCGAAGGGCAGCUGGUCCAGCUCCAGGAGGAUGGAGGCCUGGGAGUCCCUGAGGGGGUCCCUGCGGGCUGCCCUUUGACCUCUGACCCCAGAGCCCCCCAGAAGUCCCUGGAAGAGGAGGAGGAGGAGGGGCGCCUGGACUCGGCCCUGGGGGGCGACGAGGAGGUGGGAGACCUGGUGGAAGGAGUGGGGGGCGUCCACCUCCAGAGCCAGGUGGGCCCCGAGGCUUGGCUGCGCCACGUCUUGGGCUUCGUCACGGAGGAUGGAGACACAGCUCUUCACCUGGCGGUGAUCCAUGAACAUGAAGCUUUCCUGGAUUCUAUUCUGCAGUACACCCAUGGAACCGAUUACCUGGAUAUUCAGAAUGAUCUUGGCCAGACUGCACUUCACAUCGCUGUCAUCCUCGGGGCAUCCAGCUUUGUUGGCAAACUGGUGUCGGCAGGAGCCGGGCUGGGCGUCCAAGAGAAAGGAGGCCAUACGGCCUUGCACUUGGCGUGCCGAGAGGGGUGGCGGGAUUGUGCCGAACAGCUGCUGGCGCCGCUCACCGUCCAGAGGCCCUGUCAGCGCAACCGUUUCCAGGCCCAACUGGACUGCACCAAUUAUGAUGGUUACAUCCCCCUGCAUGUGGCCAUUCUACGGAAAGAUUUGGGCAUGGUGAGCCUCUUAAUCUCUGCAGGAUCAGAUCUCAACAAACCGGAGCUAAGUUGUGGCCGGAGUCCUCUCCACCUCGCGGUGGAAUCCCAGAGCCCCGAAGUAGUGGAAUGCCUCUUGCGUGCAGGAGCGGACACAGAGGCACGCAUGUACGUGGGCUACACGCCCAUGUACAGCGCCGUGCACCGUCCUGACCAAAAAAUCCCACAGCUCUUACGGGAAUUUGGUUCCGAGGAGCCGGAGUGGGAUUCUGAGGAGAGUGUGGACAGUAACAGCGAGGAGGAAUACGACGACAUUGUGAUCAAUUGUGGCCACUAGAAGGGAGCCCUUUGGCCCCACGCCGGACUCCACAGAAAGUGCCCUCUGGUGGAUUAUCUGGCUAGGAUAAUCUCUGUAGCAACUGCAUCUUCACUGUGAGCUAGAUGUGAAAACUUAUUUAUAAAGGCCGGGAUGAAAGGGGAAGCGGCCUCCCCAGGUGGCCCCAUUCCGACGCCUACCCUCCUCCUCCGUUCUUUUGUCCUGCUUCAGAAACGGGAUGUCUCCUCCUCUUUGAUGUCUCCCCCUUGGCCGCCUUGAUGUUUCAGAAUCAGUAGAUUUGGGUUUCCGUUGUCAUUAGCACGUGGCCGGCGUGUGUCCUGAGCACAGCCUAGUUGCGCAAAGGCCUCGUCUAGUCCAUCUCUUUCUGGAGCACACACACACACACACACACCCCGCUUUCCCGGGAAUUCUCACGGUCAGAUUCGGGGUGUCCCUCCCUCCCUUAACGUUGGAUCCCGGUCCGUGGAUCUUGUUCUGGAGAGCUGGAUGGUCUGGGGCUCUUGCGGAGGGGGGAGGGGGUUUCCCGCCUCUCGCGGUGUGGAGAGUUGGAGAACUGCCAAGCGCCAACAGCCAGAUCCACAGGUGAAGAGUUCAAAUUAGCGACUUCCUUGCUGGCGCCUCUCAUACAGGAAUCUGCCCAGAUUGCCAGUUUGCACCUGGCUCGGAGAAAGUUCAACAGCAUCCGAGAAGCUCCGACUUCGCCCUUUUGUGCCUCCACAGAGAUUCCAGACUAGUUCCCCCGCUUGACUCCUCCCCCUGGCUCGGCCAAUGUCUUCCCAACAAGAAUAAGGUCCCCCCAUCCUGGCACAAGGAAAGUUGUCCUCUGCGCGACGUGGUUUUCAACUCACCGUCACCCCCACCGGGCAUGAGAUGGUGGACCGGCUGGAAUCCUAAAUAUCUGGGUCAAUUUUUAUCCAGGGCUUAGCAAAACGCAACCUUUGGGGGGAGCCUCAUAGCAGAUG